ACGAUGGCCAGCGCGUCGCCGGUGAUAGUCGUUGUGCCAGUUGACCGGCGCGACGAACACCACACCACGGCAUUCCUGGAGACGUCAUCGUAUGCUUGGGUGGACGCGGCCAAGAGGAAGAGCCCAGCGAGUUCACUGCAGUGGACGUCUUCAGCCCAUCGAUACCGGCAGUAUGGCGCCUAGAGGAAUGUCUGCCGGUUCCAAUCGGUAGCUGCGGCGCCGCGCUGCUGGACGCUAGUUCCAUUCUUAUCUGCAGUUUUAGCGACGUCGCGAGGCUCCAGCGCAGCACCAGCUACACGCACCCGAGUGGCGAAUGGUGCCGGGGGGCCGAGAAACUGACCUGGCGCCAUUCGGAAGGCGUGGCGAUGCUGAAUGGGCGUCUGUACGCUGCCGGUGGCUAUGAGUUGGAGGAUUCCACGUUUGAGUUGCUGUCGUCCGUAGAAGCGUACGAUCCCGAGAGCGAUGUCUGGAGCGAGGUGGCUGCAUUGCCGCGCCGUCUGGCGUCCUUCGCCAUCGUGGCGUGUGACGGGCGGCUGUAUGUCUUUGGAGGAGAAGACGGCGAGGAAGCGUGCGGUUCGACGUUCUACUAUGAUCCCGCUGCGAAUGCCUGGGACACCCUAGCCGACAUGCCCACCGGACGCGCCGGUUGCGUGGCCUGUGUGGCUCCCAGCGGGUUGAUUUACGUUGUCGGUGGAAACGGAGAAAUGGGACGGUGUGUGGAAGUAUACGAUCGCGUGGCCAAUCAGUGGCAAAAGAAAGGGGAUCUGGUUAGGCCGCGGAGCAAUCCCGGAUGUGUGUGCCUGGAUGGGAGGUUGUACGUUCUUGGAGGGUACGCUGUCGUUGGUGAGGAGGAGGAGCAGCAUGACAGCAUCGAGGUGUACGAUGAAGACGCGGAUCGCUGGCUUCUGCACGAAUGCCAGUUGCCGCAGGCCAAGUCGCGCUUUGGCUGUGUGGUGAUGAAACUGAGGCCACCGGCAAAAGUUCCGGCCGGUAAAGACUCGCCAGUUGAAUGAUGGUUUUCCCUACGAAUGCAGAAUAAAGGGGCCUGCGUUAAACCCGGAACGGUCGGCGUUGAAUAGCAGAUAUGGAAUGAUGUUUGUUCGUUCCUCUUUUUUUCCAGGUUAACUUUUCUCGUCUGGGAUGUAUUACGUUGCGCCGUUUCCGUGCCCUGAAUAAGCCGAGCUAGAAUAAUUGUGAUCAUAAUGUUUGCCUUCUGAUGUGAUGA